AUGGCUGCUACAGUGCCAGUAACCAGAGCAGAUGCCCAGGAUGAUAGUGAAACAACUUUGGAUCUCAGGCUGCCUACAGAAUCCCCAUCACCAACACAUGAUCACAGUGAAUCUGCAGUGCUGUCUAUGGGGGGCCUGAAGUCAGAGGAGUCGCCUACAGCAGUUAAUGAAUCAAAGUAUUGCUUUUCACAAAUUGACCUGGCCGGCAGAUUUGAGGAUUCAAAUAAGAUGUACAUUUGCCAUCUGUGUGAUUUCCGAACAGCUUUCAGAAACAGUCUGUUGAACCACCAGGCAGUGCAUUCAGAUUUCAGACCAUGGGUGUGCAAUGUGUGUGAAUAUGCUGCCAAGAGGAAACAAGACUUGAAGAAACACUUGCAUACCAUCCAUGGCUUGAUGGUUGAGUCAACAAUGUUGAAACCUGUGGGCUUACCAAGCAUCCACUCCACAAUCACCUCUGGACUGUUGUCCAGAGGAGAGAGUGGAGAGGAGAAUUCCUGGGAUGGUAUUAAAGGAAACAAAAUUUCAGAGCUGGAUACAGUGUACACUAACUCGCACUUCCUUCAGCCAGUGACUGACCUGCCAGGAGCAGACAUCAUGACCGUCUCCAUCAAACAGGAGCAGCUAGAGUUGACUGGUCAGAAACCACUGCCCAGUAUGUGCAACUUCAUCAGCAGAAGCCCACCAGAGUCUGAGUGUGACCUGCCCAUUUCAUUUCCAUCAGUUCACAUUUCUAAAGACAACAUGGCUACUCAUGCACAGAGCAUGUCCAAGCUGUCAGAGUCAUCACUGCGUUCGAGAAGUUACACUUCUCUUUCAGAUAAAGCCAAGACCUCUAAAGACAGCAAAGUUUCCCUCAACUUUUCUAAGCAGACACUGGACUGUGAUUUUCCUCUACAUAGCUUCUCAACACCAACCAGAAAACGACUUCGCAGUAAUCCCGUUGACAGUCAGUCGUACACAGAAACAUCGCAGGAACAUUUAACACCCCCGGUAAAAUCUGCCAAAAUGGUGGACUGUGAUGAGCUUCCUUGCAGCAGCUCUGUUGGUGCUUGUCACAGCCGAAGCAACCAGACGCAGACUUCAUUUCUGUGUGAAUUCUGUGACAUCAUGUUCUUCCAGAGAGCCAUGUACCUGAUGCAUGCUGGUCUACAUUCGGCUGACAACCCUUGGUGCUGUGCUGUGUGUGGUAGCAGCUUUACAGAAAAGUAUAGUUUCACUUCACAUUUCAUCAACCAGCACUGA